AUGGCCGGGACGUACAGCUCCACCCUGAAGACGCUGGAGGACUUGACCUUGGACUCCGGGUAUGGGGCCGGGGACUCGUGCCGCUCCCUCAGCCUGUCGUCGUCCAAGUCCAACUCGCAGGCGCUCACCUCUUCGGCGCAGCAGCACCGCGGGGCGGCCUGGUGGUGCUACUCCGGCUCCAUGAACAGCCGCCACAACAGCUGGGACACGGUGAACACGGUGCUGCCCGAGGACCCCGAGGUGGCCGACCUCUUCUCGCGCUGCCCGCGCCUCCCCGAGCUGGAGGAGUUCCCCUGGACCGAGGGGGACGUGGCCCGGGUGCUGCGCAAAGGCGCGGGCGGCCGGCGGCUGCCGCCCUUCUCCGCCGAGGCUGCGCGGCGCCUGGCCGGGCUGCUCCGCAGGGCGCUCAUCCGCGUGGCCCGCGAGGCGCAGCGCCUGAGCGUGCUGCACGCCAAGUGCACCCGCUUCGAGGUGCAGAGCGCCGUGCGCCUGGUGCACAGCUGGGCGCUGGCCGAGAGCUGCGCGCUGGCGGCCGUCAAGGCGCUGUCCCUGUACAGCAUGAGCGCGGGCGACGGGCUGCGCCGCGGCAAGUCCGCGCGCUGCGGCCUCACCUUCUCCGUGGGCCGCUUCUUCCGUUGGAUGGUGGACACCCGCAUCUCCGUGCGCAUCCACGAGUACGCGGCCAUCUCGCUCACCGCCUGCAUGGAGAACCUGGUGGAGGAGAUCCGGGCCCGGGUGCUGGCCAGCCAGAGCCCCGACGGGGGAGGCGGAGGCGGAGGGGGAGGGGGAGGGCCCGGGGAGGUGUCCGCCGAGGCCCUGGAGAUGGUCAUCAACAACGACGCCGAGCUCUGGGGCGUCCUGCAGCCCUACGAACAUCUCAUCUGCGGCAAGAACGCCAACGGUGUCCUCUCCCUCCCCGCGUACUUCAGUCCUUACAACGGUGGGUCCCUGGGCCACGACGAGCGAGCCGAUGCCUAUGCUCAGCUGGAGCUCCGGACCCUGGAGCAGUCCCUCCUGGCCACCUGUGUGGGGAGCAUCUCAGAGCUGAGUGACCUAGUCUCCCGUGCCAUGCACCACAUGCAGGGGCGCCACCCGCUGUGUCCCGGCUCCAGCCCCGCCCGCCAGGCCCGCCAGCCGCCCCAGCCCAUCACCUGGUCCCCCGACGCCCUCCACACGCUUUACUACUUCCUGCGGUGUCCACAGAUGGAGUCCAUGGAGAACCCCAACCUGGACCCCCCGAGGAUGGCCCUCAACAACGAACGGCCCUUCAUGCUGCUGCCGCCGCUGAUGGAGUGGAUGCGCGUGGCCAUCACGUACGCAGAGCACCGGCGCAGCCUCACCGUGGACAGCGGCGACAUCCGGCAGGCCGCCCGGCUGCUGCUGCCCGGCCUGGACUGUGAGCCCCGGCAGCUCAAACCCGAGUGCUGUUUCAGCUCCUUCCGGAGGCUGGACGCCCGCGCGGCCACCGAGAAAUUCAACCAGGACCUGGGUUUCCGCAUGCUCAACUGCGGCAGGACGGACCUGAUCCACCAGGCGAUCGACGCCCUGGGCCCCGACGGGGUGAACACCAUGGACGACCAGGGUCUGACGCCGCUGAUGUACGCCUGCGCUGCCGGGGACGAAGCCAUGGUCCAGAUGCUGAUUGACGCGGGAGCAAACUUGGACAUCCAGGUUCCAAGCAACUCUCCCAGGCACCCCUCCAUCCACCCAGACAGCAGGCACUGGACAUCACUGACGUUUGCUGUGCUGCAUGGACACAUCUCCGUGGUGCAGCUGCUGCUGGACGCCGGGGCCCACGUGGAGGGCUCAGCAGUGAGUGGCGGCGAGGACAGCUACACGGAGACCCCCCUGCAGCUGGCCUCUGCGGCUGGGAACUACGAGCUGGUCAGCUUGUUGCUGAGCCGCGGCGCCGACCCCCUACUCAGCAUGCUCGAGGCCAAUGGCAUGGCCUCCUCCCUCCACGAGGACAUGAACUGCUUCAGCCACUCGGCCGCCCACGGCCACAGGAAUGUCCUGAGGAAGCUCCUGACGCAGCCCCAGCAGGCCAAGGCGGACGUGCUGUCCCUGGAGGAGAUCCUGGCCGAGGGCGUGGAGGAGAGUGACACGUCCAGCCAGGGCAGCGGCAGCGACGGGCCCGUGCGGCUGAGCCGGACCCGCACGAAGGCCCUGCAGGAGGCCAUGUACUACAGCGCCGAGCACGGCUACGUGGACAUCACCAUGGAGCUGAGGGCGCUGGGCGUCCCCUGGAAGCUGCACGUGUGGAUCGAGUCUCUGAGGACCUCCUUCUCCCAGUCGCGGUACUCCGUGGUGCAGAGCCUCCUGCGGGACUUCGGCUCCAUCAAGGAGGAGGAAUACAACGAGGAGCUGGUGACCGAGGGCCUGCAGCUCAUGUUUGACAUCCUCAAGAGCAGCAAAAACGAUGCCGUCACCCAGCAGCUGGCCGCCAUCUUCACGCACUGCUACGGCAGCAGCCCAGUCCCCAGCAUCCCAGAGAUCCGGAAGACUCUGCCCGCCAGGCUCGAUCCUCACUUUCUGAACAACAAGGAGAUGUCCGAUGUGACCUUCUUGGUGGAAGGGAAGCUGUUUUAUGCACACAAAGUCCUGCUGGUGACGGCUUCCAACAGGUUCAAGACGCUGAUGACCAAUAAAUCAGAGCAAGACGGCAAUGGCAGCAAAACCAUUGAGAUCAGUGACAUGAAGUACCACAUUUUUCAGAUGAUGAUGCAGUACCUGUACUACGGAGGGACGGAAGCCAUGGACAUCCCAGCUGCCGACGUCCUGGAGCUGCUGUCGGCUGCCAGCCUGUUCCAGCUGGACGCCCUGCAGAGGCACUGCGAGAUCCUGUGCUCCCAGACCCUCAGCGUGGAGAGCGCCGUGAGCACGUACAAGUACGCCAAGAUCCACAACGCCCCCGAACUGGCCCUGUUCUGUGAAGGCUUCUUCCUCAAGCACAUGAAGGCACUGCUGGAGCAGGACUCCUUCCGGCAGCUCAUCUACGGCCGCAACAGCAAGGUGCAGGGCCUGGACCCGCUGCAGGACCUGCAGAGCACCCUGGCCGAGCGUGUGCACUCCGUCUACAUCACGUCCCGGGUCUGAGGGGGCACACGGCAGCCCGGCACGCCCAGCCCCCUCUGGGCCGGGGGGUGAAAGGCUGGGAGCAUCUGAUAAGUCCGUAGCCCGAGCCCCCGCGGAUGGGUCGGGGGCCCCCGGGAUGGGUGGGGGCCCUGGCUGUAGGCCUCCCUGGAGCCAGGCUCCUGGGACUCCGUUGCCCUCUCUGAUGUCUGUCCUUGGGCAGGUAGAUGGGCUCUGAGCCCUCCCCUCACCGGGCAGCCCCACCUUCAACCCCUCUGCCCCCAGAGCUCUUUACUUCACUAGUGAUCAGCAGACAAGGCCAAAGGGUGGCCCUUCCCCCGCCCCCACCCCCCAUAGUUUGCACCUUGAGGGCCACCGCAUACUCACCCUCGUGUGCCACUUCUUCCCCUGGAUGUCUACGGCUGAUCCUGAUGCACCCCUGCUUGAAAAAGCUUCUGACCAUGCCUUCCAGGCUCUGGCCACCCCCAAUCCCCAGGCCUCCCUAAGCUCAGGCCAUCUCAGCUGGGGCCCUGGGGGUACAGGCGACCUGAUGAAUGUAGGGAACCUACACGCUGGACCCCGGGCCACUUCUUGCAGAAGCUGGUAUUGUUCCCUCAAGGUCCCGCCAGAAAGGCUGCCAGGAUCCCUGAAUUUCCUCAAGGCUGUGCCUUCCCACGUGUGAUGUGAGCCUCCAGGGGCCCCGAAGAUCCUACCCAGAGGGUCACAGAGGGCCCUAUUUCCUUUGGCAUCCAGGCCCCAGAGCCCCUCCUUGGGGGACCCACGCACCCGCUCCAUUAGUGCGAGAAGGCAGGUCCCCAGCUGAUGCCCUCAGACAUCCAGGCUAAGCCCGGGGAGGCUUGGGGGCACACAGGGUACAGUGGGCGAGUCUGGUGGCCUCAGCUUUCGUUGCUGCUGCCUUGGGGGCCCAUUCUGAAACCCCAAGCCUAGAGCUAGGCUGCCUCUGUGGGCUCAGGAAGCAGCGCCCUCGGUGUGCCCCUGGCUGGGUCCCUCAAGGGAAAGUCCUUUCCCUUGGACUAGAGAGGGGGGCGCCCCUCAUUGGGACUGCAGGUCGUGGGGGCAUAAAGGGGGGCGGUGGGAGGAAAGGACCUGCUGUGGACUCUCUCCUGCUGCCGCAGGCCUGCUGCUGGCUCCAGGCUUGCCGAGGUGGAGACGCAGCGUCAGGCGGGCCGCUUGUCGUAUUUAUGGACCAGACACCGGGGGAGCAGCACAGACAGCUUGCUCUGGGCGUAGCUCUCCGGGCCGUCUGGCUGCACCUUAGAAACUAUUUAUUCCCCAAGAGCAGAGCCCUGGGCCCGUCAGGAGGUGUCACUUUGGUUACCUUGAAAAGCCCCCGGGGCUUGCAACCUUGGAAAAUAUUUUUGAGACUAGCUGCUUGAGGUGGAUGUACAAAGGAUAGGCGGUAUUUUAUUGCUGUAAUAUUGUACGAUACUGUAACUAUACGUUGUCACUUACUGUAAAUGUACCAUGGUUUUAUUAACAAUAAACACUUGUUAACAGCGA